AUGUCACAAACAGUCGGCCUGACCCGGCUCGCCUACUCGCGUGCAUGGCAUCACAUCUCCGCCUCGGCGCCUCACCAAGCCCUCAGCACCAUCAAGUCGCCGCCCGAGGCCGUGACGCCCCCAUCGCUGGGCCGUCUUGCCUCGCGCAUCGCCACAAUCCUGAUGGGCAAGCACAAGCCAAUCUGGGACCCCUCGACCGACUGCGGCGACUACGUGGUCGUGACCAACUGCGCCGCCCUGUACACGACGGGCAUGAAGAAGUACCGCAAGACCUACUACCGGCACAACACGCGGCCCGGCUCGCUUAAGUCGGUCACCAUGGACGUCCUGAUGGACAAGUUUGGCGGCUCCGAGGUCCUGAGGAAGGCCGUCAGCGGAAUGCUGCCCAAGAAUAGGCUUAGGGACAAGAGGCUGGCGAGGCUCAAGGCGUUUGAGGGCGAGGCCCAUCCGUACAAGAGGAACAUAAUGAGGUUUGGUGACAAGGCCGUCGGCAGGCCCGGGUGGGAAGAUGCUGUCAAGGCUAUCCGCGCAGCCGAUAUGAACAGGUUAUAA